CCUCAGCAUAUCUCUUCCAAAUGUCCUACUUCCUACCUCACCUACCCUCAGGAUGGCACGUCGACGAAGCCAUCAAAUCUGAAGAAGAUCGCGUCGUCGUUAUCCGCUUCGGACAUGACUGGGAUUCACAAUGCAUGACCAUGGACGAAACGCUGUAUGGAAUCUCAGAGAAGGUCCAGAACUUUGCUGUUAUCUAUCUCGUCGACAUCACAGAAGUCCCUGACUUCAAUAAGAUGUAUGAAUUGUACGAUCCUUGCACUGUGAUGUUCUUCUACCGGAAUAAACAUAUUAUGAUUGACUUGGGAACCGGUAACAACAACAAGAUUAACUGGGCGAUGGAUAACAAGCAAGAGAUGAUCGAUAUCAUCGAAACAGUAUACCGAGGAGCAUCCAAGGGCCGUGGUCUCGUCGUUUCUCCCAAAGAUUAUUCGACACGAUACAGGUACUAAGAAGUACUCUUUGGGUGGACGUCUAGAUUCCGAUGAGCGUUACGUCGUAAGUUUGGAAUUGUGACUUGAAGCGAGUGGUGUCUGCUUUGUUGUACAUUAGCUCGUCGAACGCUGUCCUUUUAUUCAACCUCGAGUUUUCGACGAAUUCCCUUCGACACAGCAAUGCCACUGCGUUGUGGUGGCAUGUCUGUAAUGGACCAUCGUUAUUCGAAUCUGUUGGAAUACCAUUGGAGCCUCCCGCCACUCAUACUUCUGUAUGCCGUCCUCUCCGGGAAUGCAAACGAAUGUACCGAACCUGGGGCUGCCAUUAUUUGGCUACUCCCAUUUGGCAAA